AUGGGUUGGCAGGGCCAAACACUCGCCAUCACGAACCCAGGUCCACUCGACUAUUCCGUGGCAAUGUUGACACCGAGGAGUUUGCGUCUCUAUACCAGGGUUCCCGGAUCCCCGGUAGAGCAGCGAACCUAUCCUCGUCGUUUACGAAGGGCUAUCCUCCUGGCCUUCAUCUUGGCAGUUGCAUGGCUGGCUUGCAAGAAAUUGGCGUCGGUCGACCUGACGAGCACAAGUUAUGAGUUCAUGCGGGCAGCUUCCCCUGACGCAAAGGCGUCUCGAUGGGUCGGCGGGGGCGCCAUUGCCUCGUUGGCGUCACAAACCCAUCGAGACAGACCCCAAGAAGGGCCCGGUGCGGCUAAGGGAGAGAAGAACACACUCUACCAAGCCGUGCCCGAGGUGGUCAGGAUACCUUUCGAGGAAGCGGUGCAGGACGUGGAGCUCCAGGGCUGGGAGGACGAAUGGUUCUCCUCGGGCAACUACAACAUAGAGGACAAUGAUCCGCUGGCGGAGGCCAUGAUCGACUUUGUCUACAACUGGGUCAAUGGGUCGGACCAGGCCUUCAAGGAUAUUCGACAUGCCUACGAGCUCGGUUCGCCGCUGAAUGACCAUGCCAGCCACUGGAUCGCUCAGCACAGCAUCAACAGAUACCGCGACUGGGACGAGUUGAGGUACUCUCUGCGCAGUCUCGAUGCCUACGCCGAGGGGUUCGUCAACAAGAUUCAGCUGCUUGUAAACUCUGUCGGGGGUAAGUCGUACCACAGCGAUGGGGAGAGCAUGCACCCUCAACGCCCCUCUUGGCUGAAGGACGACGAUAGUACCUCUGAGCACGUCCAAGUACUCGGUCAAGAAUCCUUUUUCCGUGAUCAAGAGAGGAAGUGCCUUCCGACCUUCAACUCCCUUUCCAUCGAGUCGCAGAUCUACAUGAUGCCCUCUUCGACCGACCAGCUGGUUGCCUUGUCGGAUGACGUGUUUCUCGGCAUGACGCAUGCUGCGUCCGACUUCUACUCCCCGCUGUUCGGUCCGGCCAUGGGCUUCAAGUCUGAUCACUACAAUGUCAAGAGCCUGGGCGGCAAAGACCAGGUGCCGUCCUUUGGUGAAAAGCCAUUCGUCUAUUACACAUCCUACCUGUUGAACCACCGGUUCGGCCAGCGCAAUCGCCAUGUGCAAGCCCACAUUGGCCACUCGGUCUCGCGGGCUGUGAUGAAAGAGGCCAUGGCCUCCUUUCCACAGCCCUCGGCCAAGGGUUCGUGCGAGCGCUUCCGGGGCGAAUCCCGUUUUCAGAUAUAUCCCUGGUACGCAAGCUUCCACUACAGUAUCGAGAGAUUUCGAGAAGCUUUGCUCUGGUCCUUGGUCAUGUCGCGGUCUGAUAUCAACUCGGACGGCUACCUCGACUGGACGGAACGCCAGCACCUCCUCGAUGCCGUCGAGCCAGGAUGGCGACAACUGGCCACCAAGGACACCUCCAAGCCCGCGGCCCAGCCCGAGAACCGCGACCGGAUGUAUUAUAAUCUACCCCAGAUACUGAGAGACGCUGGGCUGGGGCCCACCAAGGUCAACCUCAAUGUGCUGUGGACCUCGCUUGACGGCCCCGAGACGAUUCGCAAUGUGAAGUGCAACGACUUCAGCGUGGAUAAGUGCCUGGGGGACUCGUUCGCCUCCUCGUUGUCAGAUAUGACGUCGCCCAACCCAGACUUUGCUACUUCGAAUGUCUUCUCGCGGCUUUCCCAUCAGCACCCCCAGUGCGGCGACUGUCUCCUCAAGUUCCUCUUGGCUUCGACGCCACGUGGAUUGGAGCCUCUGCUGCCGCCACGCUCCAAGCCCGUCGACUGUGAGAUGAUCGUCAAGGUGCUGAAGAAGUACCAACACACCAUUAUCGAUACCGACGCAAUGAAGUUCGUCAUGAUCAAAGACGCCGAGCAGGCCGAGACGGAGCUGCUGGAGAGGACAAUCCGGAAAGACAAGGUCUUCGGCCAGUGGUGCCUGAAUGACGACGUGAUGACGGAGAACGCAUCGCAAGUAGGAAGGGUGAAGGAGGUUAUGGGACAGGUGUUCGAAACGCUGUGGCCAAAGAGGGGAACAUGGGAGAAGGACGACUUGUAG